AUGGCUGAAUACUUUGACACCGUGGCCGAGCUAGGCAGCGAGGAAGAUGACGACGACUUCGACGGGGACGCGCCCGAGGGACGCUCCAAGGCGAACGGCGAGAACGGCGUAGAUGACUCGAGCGAGGAAGAAGACGAGGAUGACGAGGAGCGCAUCCGCGAGGAGGGCGCUGGUUUCAUCGCCGACGAGGAAGAGGACGAAGAAGAAGAGGCCACCCGCAAGGAGCGCCGGCGGCGUAAAAAGCGCAAGAACAGGGAAGAAGACGAGGCCCUGGAUGAGGAAGAUUUAGACCUCAUCGGCGUGGAUGUGGAACCACGCGAACAACCACCGAGCAAGUUCAAACGCCUGAAGCGCGGCCACAAGGAACGUUCCAAGGGACCUCGUGGUAUCGACGAUAUAUUCUCUGACGACGAGGAGGUCGAUGACGCGGACGCCGGUCGGAGAACAGACUUCAACGACGAAUUCGCCGACUUCAUCGAAGAGGAAACGUUUGAGGACGAGAUCACCGAGGACGACCACGAAGUCGGACAGCCGGGUAUCGCCCACAUCAGCAGGACUUUACAAUUCACCGGUCUCGACGAAGGCGCUGAAGAGGAUUACCGGGCGGCAUUCGGCGAUGGCACAGAAUACGACUGGGCCCUCGAAGAGCAAGAAAGAGCAGACAUGGAAGAGGAAGGCGGAGAAGGCAAGACCCAGCUCAAGGACGUCUUCGAACCAGGCUUGCUCCAGGAGAAAUUGCUUACCGAUAGGGAUCAAGCUAUCCGUGAUAAGGAUAUCCCCGAACGUCUUCAGCUGGCGCGCGAGCCAUUCCCCGAUGACGCGGAUCUGAGCCCCGAUACCUUAGAGAAGCGGCUGGAUGAAGAGGCUAAGUGGAUCUCCGAGCUUUUGUAUCCCAAGAAAGGCAUGGCCUCGUAUUUCAAGAGCCCUUUCAUCAACGCUGUGCGCAAGGUUCUGCAAUUCCUCAAUGUCGACAACUUCGAGGUUCCUUUCAUCUUCAACCAUAGAAAGGAUUACUUGAUCCACGCCCCCAGUGAUGAAGACGACGACCCUGACGAUCCUGCUCCUAGAGACAUGCGACCUGAACGUUUGCUAAAUCAAAAUGAGCUGUGGGAGAUCUUUGAGUUUGACCUCAAGUUCCGCGCUUUCUUCGAAAAGCGAGAAGCACUCAUAAAGCAUUAUGACAACCUCAAGGCUCUGUACCCGGAUAUCCAAGACGAUGUCAUUGACGAUCUGGCUCACAAGGCUUCCACAAUUGAGGAAGUGCAGGAGUUGCAAGACUAUCUACAUUUCCGAUACGCUGGGGAAAUAAGUGAAGUCCGCCAAGAGACCGGCAAUGGUGUACAGAAGCGUGCGAAUAACACCCGCAAUUUCUACGACCGAUUGCGUGGUACAAAGACGAUUAGUUUCGUGCAUGCGCUCGGCAUCAGCCCUGAUCAACUUGCGAAGAAGGCAGACGGAACGGAAAGUCAUUUCAUUGAAGACCAGCAGGUUAGCCCGGAGGAAUUUGCGGAUCAAUUGUCCGAGGCGCCCGAAACAGGAUCCAGCAUCUUACGAUCCGCAAAGCUGUUAUAUACGCAGGAAUUGCAGGUAAAUCCACGGUUACGGCGAUACGUCAGAGGCAACUUCUACAUGGAUGCGACUAUAGACUGUGUGCGAACGGACAAGGGCAUGCGCAAGAUUACCGAGGAUCAUCCCUACUACGAAUUCAAGUACCUCCGGAGACAGACAUUCCAGGACCUGAACGGUCGACCGGAUCUCUUCCUGAAGAUGCUGAAAGCUGAAGAGGAGGGCCUCAUUAGCGUCAAGAUCCGGAUGGGCAGCUGGGCCAACCUCAAGCGGAAGCUGCAGACUCAUAUCGUCUCGGAUAACGUCAGCGAAGUAUCCGAACAGUGGAACGUACUGCGCAAGGAGAUGCUUGACAUCGCUCUGGACAAGCUGCAGCCUAUCAUAGCCGGCGGAGUAAAGGAGACGCUCCGAUCCCGUUGUGAAGACGAGCUAGCAAGUCGGGCACGCGACAGCUACUACAACAAGCUCGACCAGGCUCCUUUCAAGCCCCGUGGCUCACCCUUGGGCACAGUCCCCAACGUUCUUACCAUCUCUAACGGCAAGGGCAUGCGGGGCGACGCUAUCAUGUGGGCUUACGUGGAGCAAGAUGGAAGGGUGCUGGAACACGGCAAGCUGAGGGAAUUUCGACUCGGUAACCGGGAUCGCGGCAUUCCGGAUGGCAAAGACAUCGAAGUCUUUGUCGAAGUGUGCAACAGACGCAAGCCAGAUGUCAUCGGCAUCAGUGGCUUCUCCGUGGAGACCCGACGACUCAAGGGCGACUUGGAAGAAAUCAUCAAUCAAAACGACUUGAAAGGACCACAGUACGAAGACGAAGAAAACACAGAAAGGCUCGAUCCUUUGGAGGUCAUCUACGUCAACGAUGAAGUUGCGCGCCUUUACUACAACAGUGCCCGUGCUGCCAACGAAUUUCCAAAACACCCUCCCCUCACACGAUACUGUAUCGCGCUUGCUCGCUAUCUGCAGAAUCCUUUGGCUGAAUAUGCCUCGCUUGGCCGAGACAUCGUAUCGUUGCCUUUCGUACAGAACCAGACACUCGUCCCACAAGAGAAGCUCUUUGACCGCCUGGAGACCGCUAUGGUGGACAUGGUCAACCUAGUCGGCUUCAACUUGUUGGACGGCUACGACGACCCGUACAUGUCUAAGCUGCUUCCAUACAUAUGUGGUUUGGGACCACGUAAAGCGGAAAGACUUGUCAAGGCUAUCCAAUCGAACAACGACGAGAUCCUCUCACGAUGGGAGCUGAUGGGUGUUUCGGAACAAGGCGACAGUCGGGAAAUUCACAAGGCCAUGGAGCCAGUAGUAUUUGCAAACUGCUCCAGUUUCCUGUGGCUCACAUACGACUCGAGCGAAGAAGUAGCCGACUACCUCGACAGCACCCGCGUCCAUCCGGAAGACUACGAACUCGCGCGCAAGAUGGUGGCCGACUCUAUGAAUCUUGAUGAAGAGGACAUCAAGGCAGAAAUCGACGAAGCUGGUCCCAGUGCAGUGAUCCGAAGGAUGGUGCGUGAAGAGAAGUUCGACGAAAUCCACGACCUUGAUCUCGAGGGUUAUGCAAGGGACAUCGAAAAGAACAUCGGCAUUCGUAAACGUGCCACCUUGGAGACGAUCCGUGCUGAGAUCGCGGAUCCCUACGAGGAAAUUCGGCAGACCUUCGCCCUUCUGAAUUCUGAUGACAUUUUUACUAUGCUGACUGGCGAGACGAAAGAGUCGCUGCACGAAGGCAUGGUGAUCCCUGUCCAGAUCAAGCGCACUUUCCCAGACCACAUUGAGGUCAGGCUCGAGUGCGGUGUCGAAGGAGGCGUGGGUGAAGUCGAAUUUCCCGAGGGCGUUGGUAGCGGUCGACAGGCACCCCGCGAUGUCUUCCAGCCCCAUCAGACUGUGCGGGCUAAGAUUGUCUUCCUCAAUCGGAAAGCUCUCACUGCACAGCUCUCUUUGCGCGAGGACCUGAUCCGACAGCCACUAGUACGAACUGAUCGCAUACCAGGCGACUGGGACGAGCAGCAGGAAGCGGCAGACAAGAAGGCAGCGGAGCGGGAGAAGGAAGUUGCCUCCGGCCGACCCAACCGUGUCGUCAAUCAUCCUCUAUUCUUCUCGUUCAACUCUGCACAGGCAGAAGAGUACCUCGGUAGCAAGGAACCUGGAGAGGCCGUCAUCCGUCCCUCUUCCAAGGGUUUCGACCAUCUUGCCGUCACCUGGAAGGUCGCAGAGAAUUCAUUCCAGCAUAUCGAUGUGCUGGAGAUGAACAAGGCCAGCGAGUACUCUGUCGGCAAGCAACUACGUGUCGGAAAGCAAGUCUACUCGGAUCUCGACGAGCUCAUCGUCAACCACGUGCAAGCCAUGGCCCGCAAGGUCGCCGAGCUAACUCGCGACGAGCGCUUCCAGAAAGGCACGAAAGAAGAGACAGAGCAAUGGCUUGCCACGUAUUGCAACGCCAACACCACGCGCUCCAUGUACGCCUUCUGCGCCAUCCCCAAGCACCCGGGCUACUUCUGGCUCUGCUUCCAAGCCGGCCGCGACGGCAAGAAGGGCGAGUGGCCCGUCAAGGUCAUACCCAACGCGUUCGAGAUGCAGAAGAACGUGUAUCCUGAUAUGGUCGCGCUGAAGAACGGGUUCAAGAUGCUAUUCCAGUCAAAGAGUAGGGUGGCGGGGCCGCCGUCUGGCCCGGGACAUAGGCCGGCGGCGCAGGCGAUUCCGAUUAGGCGUUGA